CAGUGAAAGUUUCCUCCAGCUCAGGGUGAUGCUGAGGUGAUGCAACCAGGAGAGGGGGCAGAGGAUCACAGGGCUGCUGCCAGCGGAGGAGCCGACAUCCGAAACCGAUGCUGCCCGUGAAGCUGUGGGAAUAGAAAACUGCUCGUGGCCACACAUGGACCCCCGUUGGGUUUUCUAUCUGUCCGACAUCUAUGGAGAGUUAGUCAAAUUUGAGGUUGGGCUGUAAAUGUGUCGGCAUCAAAAAGCUCAGCAUGAAGAAGUCGGCCCGGCCAUCGGCAAGUAAGGUCAACGGAGGCAAGUCCGAGACUGCUGGCACCGGAAAGUCUGCGCCCAAAAGCCUCCCCUCCGGCCCACUGCCCAAGGUAAAAAGUAACGAUGACCUGUUAGCUGCUGUGGCUGGAGGAACCGCUGCAUCAAACAGCUCUGUCACUAAAACCAAGAAGACUGCCUCUGUUGGAACGACUGCAAGCAGUUUGGACAGCAAGCCAAAGUCAACGUCAGGUGCUUUAUCCAAGCGUACAACAUCAACCACUUCCAAGGAGCCCAGCUCACAGAGAGACCGUCUCCGGACCUCCAGGACGUCAUCUGCUAAAAAGCAGCUGGUGUCAGGGACGGCAGCGGGAGAUGUGGCCUCAGGGAAGCGCUCCCGGAACCAGAUCCUGCAAGAGUCAGACGGCCGCAUGAGCAAGUCCAAAUCAGAUAGCCAGAUUAGUGAUAAGGUCGUUCUAGAAGCCAAAGUGAAAGAUCUGCUGAGUUUGGCCAAAAGCAAAGAUGUAGAGAUCCUGCACCUCCGCAGUGAGCUGAGAGACAUGAGGGCCCAGCUCGGCCUGGGGGGGAAGGAAGCGUCGCCGCAGGAAGAAGCCGGGGAGGAAGAGAAGCCCCAGGUUUCUGCCAUCACUGCAGCCGACGUGGAGUCCACUCUGAUUCUCCUGCAGGAGCAGAACCGGGCCAUCCGAGAGGAGCUGAACCUGCUCAAGAGCGAGAACCGCAUGCUGAAAGACCGCCUCAACGCUCUGGGCUUCUCUCUGGAGCAGAGGCUCGACGGCUCCGACAAGCUCUUCAACUACCUCUCCCUGAGCCCCGACCUGGCGGUGGGGGGGACGCCGAGCGACCCUGGCUGCACGGGUACGCUGACCUCAUCGGUGGAGGGCUCCGCCCCGGGCUCGCUGGAGGAUCUGCUCGCAGGGCAUCAGCAUGGAGGCUCGGCUGACAACCUGGACAGUGAAUCCAGUGAGGUCUACCAAGCCGUGACUUCCAGCGACGACGCUCUAGACGCCCCCUCUGGAGCCUCCUCCUCGUCCGAGUCCGAGUGUGCUCCGAGCACCGAGCGCUCCCGAAGGGGCAGCAGUGGCAAUGCCAGCGAGGUGUCUGUGGCCUGUCUGACGGAGCGCAUCCACCAGAUGGAGGAGAACCAGCACAGCACCGCCGAGGAACUUCAAGCCACCCUACAAGAGCUAGCUGACCUGCAGCAAAUCACCCAGGAGCUCAACGGCGAGAACGAGCGUCUUGGGGAGGAGAAGGUCAUCCUGAUGGACUCCCUGUGCCAGCAGAGUGACAAGCUGGAGCUGUACGGCCGCCAGAUCGAAUACCUUCGCUCGCUGCUGGACGAGCACCACAUUCCCUACGUGCUUGAGGAGGACAUCAAGAGCGGUCGCUACUUGGAGCUCGAGCAACGCUAUGGAGACCUAGCAGAGAAUGCCCGUUUUGACAGAGAGCAGCUCCUGGGAGUGCAACAACAUUUGUCCAACACACUAAAGAUGGCAGAGCAGGACAACGCCGAAGCCCAGGAGAUGAUUGGAGCGCUGAAGGAGAGAAACCACCAGAUGGAGCGCAUCAUGGAUUCAGAGAGGCAGGAUCGAGUCGCCAUGGCGGCCGCGCUGGACGAGUACAAAGCAGCGGUGAGCAACGAGCAGGCCGAGCUGAACCGCUGCAGAGCCCAGCUGGAGCAGGAGAGGCAGAGGGUGGCCGAACUGUACUCGCUGCACACCGCCGGCGACAAGAACGACAUCUGCCAGCUGCUGGAGGGAGUACGGCUGGGCAAGGAGGAGGCCGAGGCCAAAGCUGCCAAGAUGGAGGCGGAGCUAGAACAAGCACACAUGGAACUCAAUCGACUGCAGGAGACCUUCAGCAAGCUGGACCGAGAAUACAGAGACUUUCAGCAGCAGGUGCAGCAGCAGAUGGCGGAGCAGGAGCGAGCGCUGGAGAAGCAGCGCGUGGAGCUGCAGGGGAAAGAGACGGAGAUCGCAGACAUGAAGGAAACCAUCUUUGAGCUGGAAGACGAGGUGGAACAGCACCGAGCCCUGAAACUCCACGACAACCUCAUCAUCUCAGACCUGGAGAACUCUGUGAAGAAGCUGCAGGAUCAGAAGCAUGACAUGGAGAGAGAAAUUAAGAUUCUUCAUCGUAGACUGAGGGAGGAGUCCAUGGAGUGGCGUCAGUUCCAAGCGGAUCUGCAAACAGCUGUGGUCAUAGCUAAUGACAUCAAAUCGGAAGCACAGGAAGAGAUAGGAGACCUGCGGCGCCGACUGCAGGAAGCACAAGAGAAGAACGAGAAAUUGGGCAAGGAGCUGGAAGAGAUUAAGAGCCGCAAGCAGGAAGAGGAGCGAGGCAGAGUGUACAACUACAUGAAUGCAGUGGAGAGGGACCUGGCAGCCCUCAGGCAGGGGAUGGGCCUGAGCCGACGCUCCUCCACCUCCUCAGAGCCCUCCCCUACAGUGAAAACACUCAUCAAGAGCUUCGAUAGUGCCUCACAAGGUACCGCAGAGAUGUCAGAGCGGUCUCUCCACAAUCAGAGUCCACCCUCCAGUCCAGCUGCUGCAGCUCCAACAGCCUCCGCGCCCCCGUUACCACGCACCCCCCUCAGCCCCAGUCCUAUGAAGACUCCCCCAGCUGCAGCUGUCUCCCCCAUACAGAGACAUUCCAUCCCUGGAUCCAUGUCAGCCGCCAAACCUCUCUCAUCCUUAAGCGACAAGAGACCCAGCUACACGGACAUCUCCAUGCCAGCCGACCACCUCCUCAGGGGAAGCUCGGCGAGCCGACCCCCGCCCGUCCUCCAGAGGGUUUCCAACAUGGACUCCACCAAGACCAUUUCAGUGACACGUAGAAGCAGCGAGGAGAUGAAGAGGGAGAUGUCAGCUCCUGAUGGAGCCCCUUCAUCCAGCCUUCUUCACCAAGCAAUGAGUGCCGCCUCCUCCCCACUGUCCCUGUCCUCCUCCCCCACCGCCUCCAUCACCCCGACAACCCGCAGCCGCCUCAGAGAAGAGAGAAAGGACCCGCUGGCAGCGCUGGCCAGAGAGUACGGAGGCUCCAAGAGGAACGCGUUGCUGAAGUGGUGCCAAAAGAAGACUGAGGGGUAUCAGAACAUUGAUAUCACAAACUUCAGCAGCAGCUGGAAUGAUGGAUUGGCCUUCUGCGCUCUGCUCCACACUUAUCUGCCGGCACACAUCCCCUACCAGGAGCUCACAGGACAAGAUAAGAGGAGAAACUUCACACUAGCCUUCCAGGCUGCAGAGAGUGUGGGCAUCAAAUGCACUUUGGACAUCAACGACAUGGUUCACACCGAGCGGCCGGACUGGCAGAGCGUCAUGACGUACGUCACAGCCAUCUACAAAUACUUCGAGACCUGACUUCCCCGCCGCAGCUGAAGAAAGCCCCACCAACUAUGAUACCUCACCGUCGCUCGCUGGCUGCACGCACCUCCACGUUCCACUGCAGCAGACCUGAACCUCACUGCACACCAUGUCGGACGUUCCACUAAAAGCCAUGAGGAGGGACUCUAUGAAGGGCUGCUACUACAGUGGAUCAGUCCCAUCAGUUUACGCCUUAAGGAGCCACACUGGACAGAUCUGUGCCUUCUGAUUGGCUUCCAAGUUUUCACUCUGUUGAAGAGAACUCAUUCAGUCUGAUUAUUUGCUGCUUUUCUUUUUGUUAUUCUAAAUAUGACUGUGUUACACUACAGCAAACCAAAGCUGAUGAAGGUCUCUGGAUCCGCUUCAGACAGACGCAGCCUUUUUUUAUUCCCCGACAAAACCUUCUGAUCCAAAAGUCUGUCUUUAGAGCAUAAAGUGCCUGUGAGUCUAGAUGCAGGAGACCAGGUGGAGAAGCUAACAGCACCCGCAAGUUGCCAAACAUUUGACAAAAGCUUUGCUUUUCAAGCACAAUAUCUCAUAGAAGACUUUUGUUACUUCCAGUGAACGAGGGAUUUUUUUACACUUUAGGAUGGAACUCUAUAAGCUUAUUAAAUGCAUUGUAAUCACUUCAUCAGAACCAUUGUUGGGUCAAGAAAAAUACCACCACAAGUAGUUUAAAGUUUGGCUUUGACAUUUGGGGGAAUGCGUUGAUCCUCUUAGCCGGAACACAACCUCUUUGUUUGCAUGUGAGGAGGGAGAUGAAAACGAGGGAGAAAAGGAAAAAAAAUCUUCAUUCCGGCCCCUCGAAUGAUUCACAACAUCCUAUCUCAUGGAUGGGAGUGUUUGUCUUGGCUGGAAGCAACAUCUUCAUGGAGGCUCUUUGUUUUUGCACGGAUCAAACGACACUCAUUAGUGGCUUAUUUAUUUAACUCUUCUUCAUUCGAGUGUCUCCAUCACCUGCUCCACCAUUUAGACGUCGGCCCCUCGUCUUUCACAUUUAGACUGGAGAUAGUGUGGUUCUCAUCGUACCGGUGCCUCAGUACGCUCACACGUAUCUGUAUUUAUUUGCUACAAGGUCACUGCUUUAUUGUCGGAUGAAUUUAUUGCACACAGUAAGUAAGUAGCUGCACUGAGAUAAGCUGUUCGGAUCGCACGCUAACUUCUUCUCGCCUUAAGAGCUGGGGUUGCUGUUGGAGAUGUGACGCAGCCAGAUCAUAAUGUGUCUACGUACAAUCAGCUCGAGCUUAGAAACUGCGCUGUAGUGAUUGUUGAUUAUUUUUUGUGCUUAUGUGGAGCCACAAGAAACCAUAUCAGGAGAGGUUUCCACUUCAUGUCCCCAACGGACAAAGCUUAGCUGAAGCCCUCGUCAUGUACAGCUUUACAUCAGAAAUGUGAACACUUAUUUUAAGUAUAUAAACUUGAAAGUAUUCCAAACUCCACUGAAUUGCUUCAGCUUUUGCCCUUUUUUUUGAUUGCAGACUAAUAAUCCUGUUAUUUUUUUAACUUGUUCAACCACACUACAUGACUGAACUGUGUGUGAAGGCACUGAGCCUCAGUAUUACCGCCAUGAUAAUCAGCCGUUUGAUGCUUUUAUGGUCUUCAGUAAAGUGUUAUAAAGCCA